AUGACCAACAGCAGUUCCAUCACCCAGUUCCUCCUCCUGGCAUUCUCGGAUACACGGAAGCUGCAGCUCUUGCACUUUUGGCUCUUCCUGGGCAUCUACCUGGCUUCCCUCCUGGGCAAUGGCCUCAUCAUCACCGCCAUAGCCUGCAACCACCGCUUCCACACCCCCAUGUACUUCUUCCUCCUCAACCUUUCCCUCAUCAACCUGGCUUCCAUCUCCACCACUGUCCCUGUAUCCAUGACCAAUUCCCUCUGGGACACCAUGGCCAUCUCCUACUCUGGAUGUGCUGCCCAAUUCUUUCUGUUUGUCUUUUUCCUUUCAGCAGAAUUGUAUCUUCUCACCGUCAUGGCCUAUGACCGUUACGUUGCCAUCUGCAAACCCCUGCACUAUGGGACCCUCCUGGGCAGCAGAGCUUGUGUCCACAUGGCAGCAGCUGCCUGGGGCAGUGCUUUUCUCAAUUCUUCCCUUCACACUGCCAAGGCAUUUUCUAUUCCCCUCUGUGGAGGCAAUGCUGUGCACCAGUUCUUCUGUGACAUCCCCCAGAUCAUCAAGCUCUCCUGCUCACAAUCCUACCUCAGGAAAGUUUGGCUUCUUGUGGUCAGUGUCUGUUUAGCUUUUGUGUGUUUUGUUUUCAUUGUGGUGUCCUAUAUGCAGAUCUUCAGGGCCGUGCUGAGGAUCCCCUCUCAGCAGGGACGGCACAAAGCCUUUUCCACGUGCCUCCCUCACCUGGCCGUGGUCUCCCUAUUUAUCAGCACUGGCAUGUUUGCCUACUUGAAACCUCCCUCCAUGUCCUCCCCAUCACUGGAUCUGAUGGUGGCAGUGCUGUAUGCAGUGGUUCCUCCAGCAGUGAACCCCCUCAUCUACAGCAUGAGGAAUAAGGAACUCAUGGAUUCUCUGAGAAAACUGAUGACUGGAUGUUUUCAUAAGCAAUAA